GACGCACGGGAACAGAACGGCUGGACACCACUACAUAUCACUGCAGAACAAGGUCACGUCAACAUAGGGCUCACCCUUCUCGAGCGUGGCGCAGCUAUCGACGCGCAGAAUCAGAAUGGUGCGACACCACUAUACAUUGCUGCACAAAAUGGUCACGUCGACACUGUGCUCACCCUCCUUGAGCAUGGUUCAGCUGUCAGCACGCAGAAUAAAGAAGGUGCGACGCCGCUACAUAUCGCUGCAUGCAAUGGCUGCGUCGACGUCGCGCGCACCCUUCUCGAACACGGUGCAGCUGUUAAUGCGCGG